UGGGGUACACUUUCUCUUUGUGGUAUUCCACCUCUUGCUUGCUUCUGGUCCAAAGAUGAAAUCCUUAGUAAUAGUUGGUUGUAUUCGCCCUUUUUUGGAAUAAUAGCUUCCUUUACUGCAGGAUUAACUGCCUUUUAUAUGUUUCGGAUAUAUUUACUUACAUUUGGUGGGUAUUUGCGUGUUCAUUUUCAAAAUUACAGUAGCACUAAAGAGAGUUCCUUGUAUUCAAUAUCCUUAUGGGGAAAAAGGAUACCCAAAGGAGUGAAUAGGGAUUUCGUUUUAUCAACAACGAAGAGUGGAGUUUCUUUUUUUUCACAAAAUAUACCCAAAAUUCAAGGUAAUACAAGAAAUAGGAUAGGAUCCUUUACUACGUCUUUUGGGGCUAAAAACACUUUUGCCUAUCCGCAUGAAACGGGAAAUACUAUGUUAUUUCCUCUUCUUAUAUUACUACUUUUCACUUUGUUCAUUGGAUUCAUAGGAAUCUCUUUUGAUAAUGGAGGAAUGGAUAAUGGAAUAGCAGAGUUAACCAUAUUAUCAAAGUGGUUAACUCCCUCAAAAAACUUUACCCAGGAAAGUUCUAAUUCUUUUGUAAAUUCAUAUGAAUUUAUUACUAAUGCAAUUUCUUCUGUAACUCUAGCUAUCUUUGGUUUAUUCAUAGCAUAUAUCUUCUAUGGAUCUGCUUAUUCUUUUUUUCAGAAUUUGGAUUUAAUAAACUCUUUUGUAAAAAGAAAUCCUAAAAAAGAAUUUUUGGAUCAAGUAAAAAAAAAUAUAUACAGUUGGUCAUAUAAUCGUGGUUAUAUAGAUAUUUUCUAUACUAGGGUCUUUACCCUCGGUAUAAGAGGGUUAACCGAACUAACGGAGUUUUUUGAUAAGGGUGUUAUUGAUGGAAUUACCAAUGGAGUGGGUCUUGCUAGUUUUUGUAUAGGAGAAGAAAUUAAAUAUGUAGGGGGAGGUCGAAUCUCGUCUUAUUUAUUCUUUUUUUUAUGUUAUGUAUCUGUGUUUUUAUUCUUUUUUCUUUCUUAAGUUAAGGAAUUCAAGUCUCUUGCAAAAAUAACUAUCCUACCCCUUUCUACAAUCUCUCUAUAAUCCCACCUUGUUACAUAAGGUAAGUAUUGUAUAAUCGUUCGGUUUUCCGCGAUUUUUUCCAUUCCUCUGUGUAAAUACCCUAAUAUGGGUUCACAAUCAAUAACAUCCUCACCAUCAAGAGUAACGAUCAGUCGAAGAACACCAUGCAUUGAUGGGUGUUGAGGGCCCAUAUUGACUAUCA